ACCGCGACCAGAACUCCGCAACCUCUCCACUCUACAACACAGACAAAAUGCUUGCCCGUGCUACUUUCCGCGCCGCCUCGGCCCCAACGCUCGUCGCCCGCCGCGGCUUCCAGUCCACCCGCGCCCAGUUCGCCAGCCCAUACCACUACCCCGAGGGCCCACGCAGCAACUUGCCAUUUGACCCGCUGAAGAGGGGCUUCGCCUUCAAGUACUGGGGAUUUAUGGCCACCGGAUUCUCCCUGCCAUUCCUCCUUGCUGUCUGGCAGACAAAGAAGAACAAAUAGAUGCGGUCAUUCGGAGCGUGGGCACGACACUGGACUAUGGGAGGGAUACGGGAUUUGUAGAAUAUUGGAGGGUCGCUCGGAGACCUGUAUAGACACCACAGCAUCAAUUUCAUUGUCUGUCUUCCACCAUGAUCCAAUGCAUGCAGAUUACAAGCCUCGAUGCUACUCAUUGGAUACCUCGGUGGGUAAGAGCCGUCUCCUCAACCUCGAAAUGAAGUACCGCAAUUCUAUUCUGCCAAUAUCUAGCACUGUAUGAGAAGCAUCAUUGUCUGUGUAGAUAGGUAUCAGGGGGUGGACGAAGAGAGGACGCGAUGCAUCUGCAACACCUUGAUGACGAUGAGAUGCGU